GUACUUAGCUUUGCUUUAUUUAAUUCCAAGCCUUUUCACAUAAUUUGGCAGUUAAAUAAUAAAAAAAAAAAUAUGGAAGAUCGAAGAACUCAUAAAUACAAACACAUUCAAGAAGAAGCUAAAGCAAACCACCAAACAUGUCUCAGAAGGUCAAAUCCUCGUCUUAAGCUUUCGAAAAAAGUUAAAAAUCUUAUUGUAAAGCCAUCAAUUUGGGAUGACAUUGUUUCGGAAGAUAGAGAACUUGAAAAUUACAUACGAAAGAAAAAGCUUCAAAAUGAACCCAAAUUCGAAUGUGCAUCUAAUUAUAUACAACGACAACUGUUUCCUCAAUUGAUUCCAGCUUUUGAAUUAAUUUGUUCUUUAACAUUGGAAAAAGGUGCACAGGACAAACCUGUCAGAUUUUUUAACUUUAUUGAUGGUCUAGCGGAAUAUCUAUACAACACUAAUCAACUCUUUAAAGAAAGAAAAGAGAACUGGAAGUCGAUCCACCAAGUUUAUGAAAAUAAGGAAAGAACUUUCUAUCCUUACUUUUGGUUUCUAACUCCCGAUGAAGCCGCAACAAUGAUUCAAGCAUUAGUUAGAGGGUUUUUGGUUCGGUGCAAAAUGAAUUCAACUAUGGAAAGUAUGGGGACUUCUUCCACUUCUGUCAAAUAAAUCAAACUAUUUUAAAUUUUGAUCGGUCAAAAAUAUUUAUCUGUCAUUUUAAUAAAUGUAGUUUAUAAUUUUUUGAAUUCAAACUAA